AUGGCUGCUCAGUCACCACUGGUGCUGCCGGACUCCUCCGCUGCUCUGAGUUCAGAGAAGAAUGACCACUUGUCCAAAGGCCGCCUACAUGUGGGUCACAAUCCAAACCACAAUCACAAAGUUUGCAGUACCUGGGGCAAUUACCACUUCAAAACUUUUGAUGGAGAUGUUUAUUAUUUCCCUGGAACCUGCAAUUAUGUCUUCUCCUCACAGUGUUUGAGUUCUUAUGAGGAUUUCAACAUCCAACUGAGGCGUAACCGUGUUGAUGGCCAUCCAAGGAUCACUCAAAUUAUCAUGAAAAUUGAUGGAUUGGUUGUAGAAAUAAUUAAUUCAAUUAUUUCAGUCAAUGAUAAAGUGGUGACACCACCUUUUGCCCAUUCUGGGAUUAUGAUUGAGAAUGUCAGUAAUUACACCCGAAUUACAGCAAAGAUUGGCUUGGUUGUCACUUGGAAUGGAGAUGAUGCCCUGGAGCUUGAACUGAGUCAGCGGUUCGUCAAUACAACUUGCGGAUUAUGUGGUGACUUUAAUGGCAUACGUGAUAAUGAAUUUUUUUCAAAUGGCUAUCACCUGACUGCUAUCCAGUAUGGAAAUUUGCAAAAACUGAAUGGCCCCACAGAACAAUGCAAGGAUGUGCCAUCUGACAGUGCAAAAAAUUGUUCAGAAUUUAAAUCUGUAUGUGAAAGUAUACUCUCAAGGCCAGAGUUUUCCAGCUGCUACAACAUACUAGAUGUAUCAUCCUUCAUCAAGAGCUGCACACUGGACUUGUGCCUGUGCAUGAAUUUGAAUAAAUCAUCAUCCUGCCUCUGUGAAACCUUGUCAGAGUUUUCUAGACAGUGUUCCCAUGUUGGAGGGAAACCAGCUAACUGGAGAGGGAAAGAUUUAUGUGAGGAGACAUGCCAGCUAAAUAUGAUCUAUGAAGAAUGCGGAACUUCAUGUGCAGAUACCUGUUCAAAUCCUUACAGGAGUCAGAUGUGUGACGACCAUUGCAUUGAUGGCUGCUUCUGCCCUCCCGGUACUGUUUUGGAUGAUAUCUCCAACGGUGGAUGCAUUGCAAGGGAACAGUGUCCUUGUACCUACAAUGGAUUGUCCUAUGCAACUGGAAAGUCUUAUUCCACCAAGUGCAGUAAAUGUGUUUGCAGUGGAGGGCAAUGGUCCUGUACUGAACUAUCCUGCCCUGGCAUCUGUUCCAUUGAAGGAGGCUCUCACAUUAACACAUUUGAUGAAAACCAUUACACGUUCCAUGGAAGGUGCUAUUAUGUUCUUGCUAAGGACUGCAAAAAUACAAUGUUCACUGUUUUGGGAGAGCUGCAGCCAUGUGGUAUAACAGAAUCCGAGACUUGUCUGAAGUCAGUGGUACUGACUGCUCGUGGAUCUCAAACAAUUAUCUCCACUAACCCCAGUGGCAGUGUUUUUGUCAAUGGAAUCUUAACUCUGUUGCCUGCAACCACUGCCAAUAUCACAAUAUUCAAACCUUCAAAUUUCUACAUUAUUCUUCACACUCCCUUUGGUCUGCAGCUUCGGAUUCAGCUGGUGCCCAUGAUGCAAGUCUACAUAAGUCUGGAUGCUUUCUUCAAGGGCCAGAUGUGUGGUCUUUGUGGAAACUUCAACAACAUACUUAACGAUGAAUUUAAAGUAGCUAGUGGUCUUGUGGAAGGAACAGCUGCAGCCUUUGCAAACACAUGGAAGACCAAAGCCAGCUGCCCUGACAAAAAAGAUAUUCAUGAAAAUCCAUGUUCCCUCAGUGUUGAAAAUGAAAAAUAUGCCAAACAUUGGUGUGGGCUGCUGUUGGCUGAUGACUCCCCAUUUGCUCUGUGCCAUUCUGAGAUUGACCCCAACAUCUACUAUCAGCAAUGUAAAUAUGACAGCUGUAAUUGUGAGAAGAGUGAGGACUGUAUGUGUGCUGCCCUCUCCUCUUACGUUCAGGCUUGUGCAGCCAAGGGUGUAGUCAUCUCCAACUGGAGAGCUAAUGUGUGCUCAAAAUACAUCAGUUGUCCAAAAACGCUUGUCUACAGCUACAACAUGACCAACUGCCACCGUACCUGUCAGUCGCUGGCCACACCAGACAGAACAUGUGAGGUUGACUUUGAGCUGGUUGAUGGGUGCGGUUGUGCUGAGGGAACUUACAUGGACGAUACUGGGAAAUGUGUGGAUCCUUCCAGCUGCCCAUGCUACUACAGAGGGUCAUUCAUUCCAGCGGGGGAGGUUGUUCAUGAGGAUGACACCAUGUGCACCUGCAAUAUGGGAAAACUUGAAUGUAUUGGAAAAGAUUUAACUUCCCAAGAAUGUGUGGCUCCCAUGAUUUACUUUGACUGCAAUAAUGCUUCAGCUGGCAGCACUGGCACAGAAUGCCAGAAGAGUUGUCAAACCUUGGACAUGGAGUGUUAUCUCAUGGAUUGUGUCUCUGGGUGUGUCUGUCCUCAAGGAUUGAUCUCUGAUGGAAAUGGUGGCUGUAUUCCCAUAAGUGAGUGUCCCUGUACACACAAUAGCCGCAGUUACAAGCCUGGUGAAAUCUUGGAAGUGGACUGCAACUCAUGCCAAUGUAGCAACAGAUCAUGGAGCUGCACAAAGCAAGAGUGCCAUGGAACGUGCAUGAUCUAUGGAGAUGGGAAUUACAUCACUUUUGAUGGGCAUCGCUACACUUUUAAUGGAGAUUGUGAAUAUGUGGUUGCACAGGAUUAUUGUGGAAACAAUUCUAACAAUGGAACUUUCAGGAUAAUCACAGAAAACAUCCCUUGCGGUACCACUGGGACAACAUGCUCUAAGUCAAUCAAAAUCUUCUUGGGUAACACUGAAAUAAAACUAUCGGAUGGAAAUUAUGAGAUUACGAAGCUUACUUAUGGUUUAAAUGUGCCUUAUGAAGUGCGUCACCUUGGCAUUUAUCUUGUAUUGGAGGCCAAAAAUGGACUGAUAUUGCUCUGGGACAAGAAAACAAGCCUGACUAUUAAAAUGAGUCACUCAUUCAAGCAUACCAUCUGUGGAUUGUGUGGCAAUUAUGAUGGGAAUGUACAAAAUGAUUUCACCACAAGAAGCCAAUUAGUCGUUGCAAAUGUGGAUGAGUUUGGAAACAGUUGGAAGGUGUCUCCUGCAUGUGCAAAUGUAAAAGUCAAUGAAGAUCCCUGCUCCAUUAAUAUUUAUCGAGAUGCGUGGGCUCAGAAACAGUGCAGCAUCCUCAAGAAUGAGCCAUUCCUGCCUUGUAAUUCUCAGGUUGACCCAGCCCCAUAUUAUGAGGCAUGUGUCCGUGACGCCUGUGCCUGUGACACUGGUGGAGAUUGUGAAUGUCUGUGUACAGCUAUCGCUGCUUACUCUUUGGCCUGCAGGAUGGUUGGAGUUUGUAUUUCCUGGAGGACCCCUGAACUUUGUCCUCUCUUUUGCGAUUAUUAUAAUCCCAGUGAUGAGUGUGAAUGGCACUAUGCACCAUGUGGAAUUCCAUGCCUAAAAACCUGCCAGAAUCCCGGUGGAUCAUGCUCCAAAAUUAUCCCCAAGCUUGAAGGUUGCUACCCAGACUGCCCUGAAGAUAAGCCGUUCUUAGAUGAAGAUAAAAUGGAAUGUGUUCCAUUGAACCAGUGUCCCUGCCACUUUAAUGGAAAAAAUUAUGAGCCAGAUGAAUAUAUCCCGUCAACGCAGAACUGUGAUUCCUGCAAGUGUAAGAAUGGUGAAGUACACUGCACCUAUGACAGAUCAGAAUGUACCUGCACCUAUGAUGGCAAAACCUUCCACGACGGAGAAAUCAUCUAUCAUACCACGGAUGGCAUUGGUGGAUGCAUCAAAGCAACAUGCAGUGUGAAUGGAACUAUAAUCCGACAAGUCAGGCGAUUGUGA